AUGUCCGGACGUGGAAAGGGAGGAAAAGGUCUCGGAAAAGGAGGUGCCAAGCGCCAUCGCAAGGUCCUUCGUGACAACAUCCAAGGAAUCACCAAGCCAGCUAUUCGCCGUCUCGCUAGAAGAGGAGGAGUCAAGAGAAUCUCGGGACUCAUCUACGAAGAGACCCGUGGAGUUCUCAAGGUUUUCCUUGAGAACGUCAUCCGUGAUGCCGUCACCUACUGCGAGCACGCCAAGAGAAAGACCGUUACCGCCAUGGACGUCGUCUACGCUUUGAAGCGUCAAGGAAGAACCCUCUACGGAUUCGGAGGAUAA